AUGUUCACGGAGCUGCGGUCCAAGCUGAGUCCCCCGCGAGCCCGCGCCGGGGCCAUGCGCCCCGGCUUCGGGGAGCACCGGGAUGUGGACGCCACGGCCCAUUUCAGCUUCUGCCAGACUCCUCUGGAGCACACUGUGUCAGCUGAGAGCAUCCCUUGCCAUCUACCCCGGACACCAGGCUCCAGUUUCACGUGGCAUGACUCCCGCAGCCAGAGGGCAGCCAGUGGGAGGCCGGUCAAGCUCUUGCAGCAACCAGGCUCAGAGCCCCCUCAGGGCCGGCUGUACUCGGACCACUGUGGCCUGUACCACACGAGCCCCUCUCUGGGUGGCCUGACACGGCCCGUGGUCCUGUGGAGCCAGCAGGAUGUCUGCAAGUGGCUCAAGAAGCACUGUCCCCACAACUACCUCGUCUAUGUGGAGGCCUUCUCACAGCACGCCAUCACCGGCCGGGCUUUGCUGAGAUUGAAUGCAGAGAAGCUGCAGAGGAUGGGGCUGGCCCAGGAGGCACAGAGACAGGAGGUUCUGCAGCAGGUGCUUCGUCUGCAGGUGCGAGAGGAAGGGCGGAGCCUGCAGCUGCUCAGUCAAGUUUACCUCACGGUCCGCAAAACACCUCCGGCCCUAUGGACACAUGACUUGUUGACCACUACGCGCCAGAGCCCUGGUCUCGAAGAUCAGACUGGCCCUAGAGCCGGGCAGAACCUAGAGCAGCCGGCGGCCCCCCGCCCCCGGGCCCCGGCCCCCGGGCCCGCCCCCUCCCCGCUGCGGAGCAGUGGCAGGAAUACCGCGAGACGCCCUGGCCUGUGCCCCCGCCCCGCUUCGGCCGCGGUCGUAGCGGCCGCGCCCCGACCCGGAUCCCGACCCCGCGCGGUCAGGCUUAAACUAGCCCCAAGCCCCGCAGCUACCCCCUGCCGCCGCCGGGACCCCACGCCGGCCCCGCGCCCCGCGCCCCGUCCUGUGCGCCGCGCUCCCGCUCCUCCUUCUCCAGAAAAAGUCGCCAUUUUGGUUCACUACCUUCGCCGCACCCCCCACGCGUCCGCGAUCGGCCCUUCCGGGGCCUGA